CUUCCACCCAGCGUUGGUCUCGUCUGCAGCCUCGCCUUCACCUCGGCGGGUAGAUCUCGCGGGCGCAUCGCGUCGCGGGGCAAAUUCAUCACCUUCGUGAGGCGCAAAACCCUACUGCCCUUGACCCCUCCCGCUCCCCUCAGAUCUCCCCAGGGUCCACCGAUCCAAGGUGAGGCGGCUUCGUGCUCGAUGGCGAGCACGGGGGGGAGGUCGAUGGCGCUGUCGCUGCUGCUGUUCGCGGUGACGCUGUCGCUGCUCGAGAUGUACCGGGGGAGGUUCGCCUCGUCGGAGCUCAUGACCAUCGCCGGCGGAUUCGUCAGCUCCCUCCUCUUCCUCUUCCUUCUCACGUUUAUUGGCAACUAUCAGGAAGCUAAUGGAGUUAAAACUGGAUGGGGUGCAGUUGUUGUCGCGGAACUUACUGCACUUAUUGUUGCCGGCACUGUCCAUCGUGUUUGCAUCACAACAUGCUUCCUGUUUUCUGCUGGAUUUCUCUACGAGGUUGAUAAGCUCUCUGGAAUGAUUCUCGCGAAGAGCGAGUCUAAAGCGAGGCGGCACUAGGCUUUUGUACCAUGUCAUAUUUUGUAGAUCAAAUCAAAAACUAAUGUUCACACCCUUCAUGGAACUUUCAACCCAGCUAGCUUUUUCCCCCAGGCAUACGUAUACCAUUUGAAUUAUGAAUUCCUCUAGUGUGUUUGCACUGAUGUCACAGUUCGGCUUUUAUGAGUUUUAUCUAAUGAGAAUGGUGUUGACUAGGUGAUUUCGAUGUCUUUUUGACAGUCUCCUGGUGACAUCAGUUCAUAUUUUUUGCAAAGCAAUGACACAUUUUGGCAUUUUAGA